AUGCUUCGUGCUAGCAGGAUGGAAGAGUUUGAAACAGUAGAAGACGAACCGUGGUAUGACCAAAGAGAUCUGGAGCAGGAUCUGCACUUGGCAGCGGAGUUGGGUAAGACCCUGCUGGAGCGCAAUAAGGAGCUGGAGGAUUCGCUGCAGCAGAUGUACAUUAACAAUGAGGAGCAGGUGCAAGAGAUCGAGUACUUGACUAAGCAGUUGGAGAUGCUCCGCGACAUGAACGAACAGCAUGCCAAAGUGUAUGAGCAACUGGACGUGACGGCCCGUGAACUGGAGAUCACCAACGAGAAACUGGUGCUAGAGAGCAAAGCGUCACAGCAGAAAAUUGACCGGCUGACGAGCACCAUGGAGAUGCUGCAGGGCCAGGUGGACACGCUGACGGCCCGUGUGGAGGAGCUAAGGACUCUAGAGGAGCUCAGAGUUCGCAGAGAAAAGAAAGAGAGGAGGAAGACUGUUCACUCUUUCCCCUGCCUAAAAGAGCUCUGUACUGCCCCCAGCUAUGAGGAUGGGUUUCUAGUGGCGGACCCAGGCAGCGCAGAAACGUCAAAACGAAGGCCAGUGGAUGAAGAAAACGAUCGCCUGCGCGUAAUGGUGACAUCACUACGCGCUGCCAUAGCGACGGAGCGCAGGCGGCGUGAGGGGGCAGAACGGGAGUGCGCCGCCGUGCUCCAGGAGUUCGAGCGUUUAGAGCAGCGCCUCCUGGGUGCCGAGGGCUGCCAGUUGCGAGUGCAGGAGUUGGAGGCGGAGCUCCAGGAGAUGCAGCAGCUGCGCAAGUCGCGCGCGUGCCUGCUAGCAGGAGAGGACGGCUUGGAGCAGACGUUGCUCAACAGCGCUCCCGAAACGGAUACGAUCGAAGACCCCGCGGUAACGGAAGACGCCGCAAACGAUAAGGCGGAGGCUCCCGUCCGCAAGAGCUGCAGCGACACUGCCCUCAACGCCAUCUCCGCCGUUGACGCUUCGGGCCGGCGUAAAGGCAGCUACGCUCUGCACGCCAACGGCGUUCGGAAAAGGGGCAUGUCCAUCCUGAGGGAAGUGGACGAGCAGUACCACGCGCUCCUGGAGAAGUACGAGGAGCUCCUCGGAAAGUGCCGACGCCACGAGGAGAGCCUCCGGCACGCCGAGGUCCAGACCUCCCGUCCUGUCUCAAGGGACCCCUCCAUGAAGGAAUGCAGGGUCGAGAACCCGCAGCCACCCACCCCGCCUCAGACCCCCUCCACUCCCGAGGCGAUCGAGGGCAUUAGCAGGCAGGUGGAGGCCGUGGACAAACGACUCAGCCAGAAUACGCCGGAAUACAAAGCGCUCUUUAAAGAGAUCUUCUCCCGUCUCCAAAAGACUAAGAGCGACAUGAACUCCGCCGGGAAGAGCAGGAAGGGCGGGAAGUGA